AUGUGCGUAGCCAAUGAGACCUCGCAGUUGAAGAAUCUCUGCAAAAAGAUUGGUGCUUGCCGUCAGGGAGAAGACUGGAGGACGGCGCUGUGGCUUUUGGCGUCUCUUCGUGGCCUGUCACUGCGUGCAAAUGCAAUCCUUCAGAACGCUGCAAUUAACGCUUGUGGGAAGUGCCUUCACUGGCAGAGGGCAGCAUGGCUCCUGUCAGAUGCGCAGUGUCAGGCGUUGCAAUGCGAUGUCAUUUCCUACAACACCAUUGUUCCAUUGGUGGUUUGGCCCUUGGCCUUAGCACUCCUGCACGUCGCGAACCCGGUAAAACUGGAUGUAGUGACCUUCAACUCCUUUCAUGGCUCUAGCUGGCAGAGGGCAGCUCAGAUGUGCCAGGAGAUGUGCCAACGGUCAUUGCAGGCAGAUCUCCUAUCCUACAACUCAGCCAUUCGCGACCUCACUUCCCGCUGGAGCAUGGCACUGGGCUUGGUGGCCCGGUCCGCUGAAGAGACGCUGCAAGCGGAUGUGGUCACUUGCACCUCGUGCCUCUCUAUGUGCCAUCUUUGGUGGGAGCGGAGCUUUGCGAUGCUCCACAGCUGGAGCUCCAGACAUCUCUCAGGAAACUCGAAAACCUACAAUGCUCUCAUUAGUCGAGUCACAAGCAGCAACUGGCUACAAGCACUGGUGGUCUUCAGCGACCUUUUCAGCGGCAGGCUGGUUAGAGCCGAUGUCAUCAGCCACAACGCAGUCAUCACUGGAAGCACCUGGUCCGUCGCUUUGAGCCUGUUCCAGCGAAUGCGGCGAGAUGGGACAAGGCCAAGCGCCAUUUCGGAGAACACCGUGAUCAGCACUUGCGAACGGCAGCAGCUUUGGCAUCAGAGUUUAGCUUUUGGCCUGCCGUUGGGGGGGCCUUGGUGGCAAGCCCUCAGCCGAUUGAAGCUGCGAAACCUACAGGCUGGCGUGGUGGUGGUUGGAGCCGCCGUCAAUGCAUGUGUGACCUCUGGGUGGAGGAGGGCACAAGAGCUGUUGGACCUGCUCCGGCAGCGCUUCAGCGAGCCCAAUGUCAUCAUUCAUAACUCCAUGGUGAGCGCUUGUGAGAAGUCCCACGCUUGGCAGAACGCCUUGCAGAUGGACGACAUAGACCUCCCGGGCUUCAAUGCGGCCAUCAGCGCGUGUGAGAAGGCGGAGGAAUGGCAGCAGAGUUUGCGCCUUCUAUGGAGUUUGCCAAUCUCUGCAGACGUGGUCUCCUGCAAUGCGGCAUUGAGCGCAUGUGAGAAGCGCCAGAAGUGGCAAAUCGCACUUCAGUUGCUCCAAUCCUUUCCCGUCCCUCGGAGCUCCACGUCGUGCAACGCCGCCAUCGCCGCCUGUCAAACCUGCUGGCCUGUGGCUAUGGAGCUGUUGACCAGCUUUUCGUUUUGGCGCCUUCAACGAGACGAGGUCUCCUUUAGCAGUGCGAUCGCUGUGUGUGAAAACUGGCAGCUGGCAUUGUCACUGCUAGUGGAGAUGUUGCAGAAGGCGUUGCAGCCGAACCUUCUCAGCUACAACUCCGUCAUGUUCAGUUGCCUCCGCCAUGGCCAUUGGUCGCAGGCCUUGGAGUUGAUUUCUGCUGCGGAGCUGGCAGAUGUCCAAAUGGAUUCCGCCGCCUAUGGACAUGCCUUGUGGGCAUUUCGACUGGGCUGCUGCUCCCGGGCCGCCGCUGCGGUGAUGUUUGAGAUUGAGCUGGAAGGAUUGACUGCGUUGGCCUCCCUCAGCUUUUGA